ACAUUCAGAGGCUGCUGUUGUUGAUCAACGCCGUUGCAUUGCAUGAAAUCAACCCUCGUACCACUUACUUCGCAACUUCACUACCAUUGAAUAAGCAAGAAUUUGAUCUGGUCCUCCUCUGCAGUCGACGAAGUAAUCGUCCAAGUAUUUGUAAUUGCUGAGGUACUGCCAGAAGAGAAGUCGACUUGAAGCAUCCCCUCACCCCCACAGGUAGAAGUGGUUCGCAUGCAAGUAACACUUGGGUAGAAGGUGUAUCUAUGAGUAGAAAUUGAAUCGGCAAACAAACAACGUGCUUGUUGGGCGACUCUUAAGUCUUAUUCAAGAAACAUCAUUUUUCUAUGAAAAGUGUACGUAUGUACUUUUAUGUGCAUGUCGCAUGAAGCACUCGGUCAAGACGGACGAAUCAUUCUUCCGUCGUCACUCAGAUUAAAAUAAGAUAUAGAAUCUGCCAGUAGUCGUGUAAGUCUUGUGUUAAUGUGCAAGACGCUGAGGUGCUGUUGUCAGUUGUGGUGUGUGUGUUCCCAUGCUCCGUAUAUUGCAUGGUUAUUACUUGCUUAAUUUCAUGAGCAAGACUUGUUAUUGUGCAGUGCAAGAAGUGGAUAUAAAACUGAAAAGAGUGGGUAGCAAAGCUGUUAUUAGAUUUCUCGGAUGAAAGUAAAAUGCACCUGCCUGCUUGGGAAGGAACAACAACAAAAACACUUGGGAAAGUUUCUAUUAAGAUUUCGUCCGGAAAUCUGAUGUAAAGUGGCGUACGUGGUGAAAAAGCAGAAGAUUUUGCCAUUUAUGGAAUUUACAGAGGCAAUAAAAAGGAGCGUUUGUGGUUCAGAAAAUUCUAAAUCCAAAUAGAUUUGAAAUCCAGUCAAGACCCGUUUCGGGUGGAAAGUGAGGAUAGACUCAAGCAGAGAAGAGGACAAGAGCUGUCAUCGUCAAAAUCGGACUUAUUUCUGUCGUUUUAUCUUCACUCCGAAGCUUUACCACUCCCGAGUUAUGAAGUGAAUCCUUGCCUUUUACUUCCAAGAUGUCCAUGUAAAAAUGUGUUGCGGGCUCCCAAAUGUUAUGACCCAUGUCAUACUCAUUUAAAAAAAGAUCCCGUCGCUUUGUGAUCCAUAUUUCAGUUUGCUCGUAUGCGAUGGCUCUGUUCUAAAACUCUGAAUCGAAACGGUGCAGACUACCUCCAAUAUUUUUAGGGUCUGUUAACUGCUUCAAAAAAAUUCGACAAAAGGAGCGCAGACAUUGCCAUAACUUUUCCAGAAGACACUCUCAGUCGCUGCUCAUUGAUUUCUCCUCUUCCUCUGGAAAAGGAUUUAUUCGCUGCCACUGGACCCAGGCGUAGAAUAUAUCUCAACAUUUGGACGUGAUGGUGAAAAAGUGCCCAGUUUCCCUUCUGCUGAGAUGGCUUGCAGUACCACUUGUGAUAGAAGCAUGUAUAGCAGUGUCAAUCGACAAUUUCGAGGGACAUGCCGGAUUUCGUAUGGCGUCGUUGCGUUGGACUACAAAUUUGAAAACCCCAGCAACAUUUCGAGUCAAAUACUGUGAGCUACAUCCGUGGGGAUUGCAUCGUUGCCGCUACCAGACAGUUGAUGAAAUGGCAGCCCGGACUGGAAGGGAAACUAGUCAAGGCGAAAAAACCAUUUCAUUUGACAUUGGGGGUUUAAGGAUGUCGACGAACUACUCAUUUCAAGUGCUACCACAAGAUCUGGGACAAAAGUUUGUGGCUCGACCAUCUCAAAUUUCGUUGCAAACUAAAGGAUUUUCAGCAAAAGCAACAAAGUGUCUUGCAGAUUCCAGCGAAGUUGCCGUCGAGACUGGACCUUUUUUCGGUGGCAGAAUUUCCAUAGAAGACUCGACAACUCCGGGAUGCUACGUCAAGGGCAAUCCGCAGAGCCCGCAAACAAAGUACACGUUGCGAAUUCGACACAAGGAGUGUGGGAGUACGGUGGUGGAUGGAUCAAAAGUAACCAGCGUGAUCAUGGUUCAAGAAAACAUCCCGAUUUUGACACACAGCAGCCGUCGGUUCGUAGUGCUCUGCUCGAUUUCUCCGGAUUCUUUCACCGUGUCUGCGGGAGUGUCGCUGCCUCGGGAAACUAGCGUGGCUAAAUCUUUGGACUUUAAUCGACUGAUAAGAAUAGCCCCAAGAGUCAACAACGCAUUGCAGGGUGGGCGAGGAGGUGGGGAGUUGUUGGGAGAAUUGGACCAUCACAAUCAGCAUCAAGAUGAAGAGUCAGCACCACUGCAUAUUCAGGACGAGUAUCACAACUCCAUACCAACAAACAAUCUGCAAGAUGGGUCCCAGUCUCAGUACCACGUAUCGCAUCUUUAUGCGGAGAAAGAUUCCAACGGUGCGGAGGCGAGGGGCCUGGCCGUAAAACUUCAUCGUGGAACUUGGGAAACAUUUCUCGUCUUUGCAAUGGUAGGUGCGGCAAUAGUGGCAAGUCUGGCUUCAGUUCUAUGGUUCAUAAGGUCGUAUCGGAACAUCAACUCUGCACACGAGGAAACCAUUCGAAGAAUAACUGCCGACGAUUCUUCCUCUGAUGCCAACUCGUCAAUUUCAUAUGAUGGUUCAUCAUCAUCCCUUUCCAACGUGAGCUACUCUGAUACACGUUCAGAAGCGGAUGUAGAACUGGAUUUCGAAUUCUCGGAAGAUAUCAACAAACCUACGCCCAUCGACGAAACCAUUCAAGAUGUUACCUUAAAUAUUUCCUCGCAAAACUCUUCCUCCUAUGCUUGAAAUGUACGAAUUCAGUUGCGUGCAUACUGUACAACAUACGCUGUAAAAUAUUACUUCGGGAAUGUUAAAACGUUGGUCUUAUUCAUUUAAGUAUAUGUAGAAUUGUAUUCGCAGGGAAUGCAUAACCAUGCAUGUAUAAUAUUGCAUGGCUAACCUAACCGAACGUUGGUUUAUUAUGUACAUAUGUACCCUUCUUCGCUAGCAAUAAAUAAAAAAACGUGUUACAUUUGUAAACCCAUAUUGAUCAGAAAGUUGUUACAGGUGACAGUAUUGUAGUGAUGUGAUAAGUAUUAUUUUGUUUUCUACGUAUGCAAUAAUGUGCGAUAAUAAAAUUUUAAAAAAUCA